UGCGAUAUAUUUUUAUUUUGCUAAUAAACCGAGAUUAUUAAAUUCCUGUUAUAACUAGAAAUCAAGUGUAUAGUGGUAUUUGCAAGAAUAAUUAAAUAAUGGGUUUCCUGGAAAUUUGUGUAGCUUUUAUCCCCCUCUAUAAUUUAAUAUGCCUAGUGAUUCUUAUUUUUUGAACUGCGAUAGGCUACUACCAUUCAAAGAAAAAUUCGGUACACGGGCAGACUCAUUAGCUGGCAAAGUCAUAUAGAUAACAGAGGCAUCAAGUGGAAUCGGGGAACACACAGCUUAUACAUUGGCGACUGCAGGUUCCAUCCUAAUACUAUCAGCAAGAAGAGUUGAUUUACUACAAAAAGUCAGAGAAUUGCUUAGCAGCUCGAUAUUCAUCGACCAGUAUACUUCGACCAGUAUAUACCAGUAUACUGGUCGAAGUCAACGAGCAAGAUGGGAAAAAGAUUGAUUUAGAGGUUGAAAAGAAGCAUUUGAUUUAAACGUUUUUGGGAUUAUAAACUUAUCUCGUGUCAUUUUGCGAUAUUUUCUCCAACAAGGAGGAGGCCAUGUAGAAGUUGAUCCCAACAUGUCUGGAAUUUUGGGGAUAUUUUGAGUGUUUGCGGACCGAAAAGGCUGGAAAAAACAUUGACAUAACUAUGAUUUGUGCUGAACCAACACUGAAAGGAUUUUUGAAAGAAAGUUUUACAGAAAAAGAAGGCGAGAAAUUCGGUGAGGAGACACCAGUUUCUUCGAGCAAAAUAAGUGCAAAACGUUGUGGAAAAUUAAUUUCUAUUGCAUUGGCUAAUGAACUGAAUGAGAUUUGGAUUUCUUUCUUACCAACUUUAUUGAUUGUCUACCUUUAUAGAUUUUAUCCCAGCCUGCCUCGACUGAAUGAGCUGACUGUUGGAAGAGACUGGGAUGGAGGUCAGAAGAAAUAA